AUGACACUGAAACCUACAGCCUCAUACAUAUUCAUUACAACGCUUGCGACCUUUGACCUUAUAUCCUGUCUCAUUUCAAUGCCAUUGGAAAUCGUGGACCUUCUACAUUUUUUCACAUUUGAAAGUUCCGGAGCGUGCCGGGUUCUCCGUUUUAUCAAUUACUUCGCACAUAUAGCAUCCGGUGCAACUCUUAUUGCAAUUGCUGUUGAUAGGUUUCGAAAACUUUGCAAACCGUUUGAAAGACAAAUUUCAAAUCGAUUGUCAAAGACAAUUGUGAUCAUCGUCAUUGUUUUCGCAAUUGUGUCUGCCUGGCCAAGUGUUGUGUUUAAUAAUGUGGAAUCCGUGAAUAUCACAAUAUCUGGUGAAAAUUUAAUUGGCUUCGAUUGUUCGACGAUAAGAGACGAGGCUUAUUUGACCUACAUCCAGGCGUACAACGCGUUUCUAUUUUUCCUCUUCCUCUCUGCUAUCAUCGUCCUCGUCGUUCUGUAUGUGAUGGUAGGAAGACAACUGUACGCGUUGAGGAGCUUCCGGUUCUACUCGACCGGAAAUAAAGUUCCACCAUCUAGACCCAUGAGUACUAUGACAAUUUCUAGUGACGUUAAUUCCAUUUCCGGUACGACGGUCCCGGAUAUGUCCGUUGCAGAAACGAUUCUUGAAGAGGAUGACGACGAGGAAGAUGCUGCAAUCGUUGAAGCGUUUGAAGCCGAAUUGCGACGAGGAAACCUCACACCUAUCGAAGAAGACGAGUAUGAUGAAGAUGAAGAAGAAAUAUUUGAAGAGGACAUUGAUGAUUAUGAUGAAUACAUUGAAAAUAGGUGUAGACCAACAUCUGCAAGUUCGAUGAAAAUGUCAUCCAAAGUGUUAAAAAUGCUAUCGAACAAAGUGGCACCAGAGCCGGAACGAAGCGAAAUCAAGGAAAUCCCUAUCAUGAAGCCUAUACGUCAAUGUCGAAGUUUUACUGAAAACAGUCGUCAGAUACGCGUACAUCAUGGACCAAGACGAACAAAGUCUGAGAUAUCGAUAUCUAGUCGAUUUCGACAAAAACACAAUAUGGGCGGGUCUGUCUCGCGAAUGACACUCAUGUCAGGUCUCGGAAGCAAUUAUGGUCACGAGAGCUCUUUAACGGAUGUGGAAACAAGGCUGUCUCGUUGUGCGUCUGUCGAUAUUGAUGAAUCCAAGAUGCGCGCACAGAACAUCAACACUAAAAAGUUCACCUUUAUAACAGUGUGUAUAAGUAUAGCUUUUAUUGUGAGUUUUCUUCCAUACUUGAUCUUAGCGACGAUGGGAACCUUUAAUUCGGAGCAUGAAGCUAAUUAUCUUGCGAGUUCGGAGCUUGUGGCCUACCAAAUAUUUGUGCGAUCCUUUUUAUUCAAUAGCGUGUGUAACCCGUUAAUAUACGGGUUAUUGAACACAGAAUUCAAGAAAAUGUUCUAUUCUGGAUUAAAACGAUUGUGUUGCUUCUUGUGUGAAAAAUGGCGUACUAACACAAAAGUUUCACCCGUCGGUGCACGUUGA